AUGCGGUCCCUGAUGCGGUCCCUGAUGUUGUCUCUGAUUCGGUCUCUGAUGCUGUCUCUGAUUCGGUCUCUGAUGCGGUCUCUGAUGCGGUCCCUGAUGUUGUCUCUGAUGCGGUCCCUGAUGUUGUCUCUGAUUCAGUCUCUGAUGCGGUCUCUGAUGCGGUCUCUGAUGCGGUCCCUGAUGCGGUCCCUGAUGUUGUCUCUGAUUCGGUCUCUGAAGCUGUCUCUGAUUCGGUCCCUGAUGCGGUCUUUCAUGCGGCCCCUGAUGCGGUCUUUCAUGCGGUCCCUGAUGCGGUCUUUCAUGCAGUCCCUGAUGCGGUCUUUCAUGCAGUCCCUGAUGCGGUCCCUGAUGCUGUCUCUGAUGCUAUCUCUCUGA